AUGGCCCCUACUUCUGCUCCAAUUGUCCUAGGAGUCUGGUUACCUUGGUCUGGCGAGCCGCUCGUUAAGGACAUGGGCGCUUAUGAUGUGGAACACCUCCUCGUGAACGCUGCACGAAGGUACCAGAUUUGCACAAAUGAAACCUUUUCAUUGGAUGUUAUGAAUCCUCGACAGCAGAUUGCUUGA